GUUGCGUAAUUAUGCGGCUCACAAAUAUAAGCUAAACGAAAAGUCAACAGAAAACGAAGUGGCGGCAAAUCAUUACUAGGGAAUACGGCUGUGGCUCGAAACAUGGAAUCAAAACCAAGCAAAACUUCGCUAUGUCGUGUUGUUUUGUACACCAGAUGGUGCCGUACCCUCUGGUGCAGAGCUCUGUGCGUUCAUACGCUAACGUGCGCCUCCACACACCUCUCUCUUUAUCUUUCUCAAUGGCCGCAGUUUAUGCUCCGUCAGUAAACUUUUGGGCAAAAGCCACUCCCAUUAACCUCUGCUUCAGGACCGCGAACAAGCCGCUAAUAAGCUUUUCCGGCGGAGCUAAGCUUAAGCCUCUGGGGAGCAAACAUCGGAGGAGCCGAAACCUUGUCUGUCGCGCUGCUUCAUCUGUUUCUAUUCGCGAUCUGGAUGCAGAUGACAUUAGACAUCCUCUGGAUAGACAAAACACGUUGAUCCUGAGAGCAAUUCCAGGUCUAAACGAAAUCGGAAAAGCUUUAUUAGGAGCUGUAGCUGAGCAAGUUAUGCUUCUCGAGAAUAUAGGGACGUCCAUUCUUGUUUCCGAAAAUCAGCUUCCUGAGCUUCAUGGAUUGAUGAUUGAGGCUGCGGGUAUACUAAAUAUCGAGGCCCCUGACUUGUAUUUACGCCAAAGUCCCGUCCCCAAUGCAUACACUUUGGCAAUCAGUGGAAAGAAACCGUUUGUUGUUGUCCAUACGAGCUUGGUUGAACUUUUGUCAAGAAAAGAGUUGCAGGCUGUUUUGGCUCAUGAGUUGGGUCAUUUGAAGUGCGAUCACGGUGUGUGGCUCACGUUUGCUAAUAUUCUUACUCUCGGAGUGUAUUCUGUACCUGGGCUUGGCAGCUUGAUUGCUCAGACACUAGAAGAGCAACUCUUCCGUUGGAUUCGAGCUGCUGAACUCACGUGUGAUAGGGCAGCACUUGUUGUUGCUCGAGACCCUAAGGUUGUCAUAUCCGUUCUGAUGAAAUUAGCGGGUGGUUGUCCCUCUAUGACCGACCAAUUAAACGUUGAUGCCUUCUUGGAGCAAGCUCGCUCGUAUGAAAAGGCUUCUGCUAGCCCAAUCGGGUGGUAUAUAAGGAAUGCUCAAACGAGGCAACUUUCGCAUCCUCUUCCGGUUCUUCGUGCACGUGAGAUUGAUGAAUGGUCCAGAAGUUCAGAGUAUCAAUCUCUUCUUAAACGUGUGAAGAUGGUCAACUCGGUUAAUGGUGUUUAGCAUUAUACGCCAAUGCACGGAGAUUUUGAAUUUCCCUCUUUCUUUUGUAUAGGUACAAGAAAAAGUUUCUAAAUCCGUGUUUGCUGCUUAAUACUAAAAUAUUGCAGCUGCUUGAAUGGAGAUUGAUAAGCAUGGGGCUUCAUUGCAUGAGCUGAGGUGAAGGUUAUUCAAGUCAUCCAACAAUGUAAUUUGUAUGUAGAACUUGUGAUUCUUAUGCUGGGGAUAUCAUAUCUGUAAAAUGAUUGAAAAUGAUCAAUUAUGUUUAUUAUUAUGAAGAUAGUUAGAGGAGGAAGCCAAUCAUUUUUUGCAUUUUCUCCAGCAAUGAAAUAAUAUUUCAUCAAAUCUUGGCAAACAAUGGUUACUCAAUCCCUUUAGCUACCAGUGCUCGGCUACAAUCGCCUCAAGGGCCAGAAAAAGAAAGAUUAUGAACAAACAACCAUUCAAUUCGCACCCACCAGAAACGCACAAAACAACACCAUCGAUAACCGGACCGCAAAUCACUCCAUCUUCCCUCUGUCCCGUGCUGUAGCUCUCGAAGCCUAUCUGGGUUGGACCUGCUCCAGCCCCUUGAAAAUCCAGCGAGUAUUUUUGGGCCAGCCCAUUUCCAUUGCUGUGGAUAGUAAAAUUCCGAGAAGAUGAUCCAGUCACGACCCCAACUGUAAAAUCACCUGAGCAGGACUUGUUUGCUUCACCCAGUGAAAAUUCCAGCUUGUAGUUGGUUUCUCGACUGAGUUCUCGUGCUGUCUGGAUGCCUGAAGAGGUUCGCGACACGAAUUCAACAGCGGCAUUGCCUAGUGGGACAUAGUAAUUUUUCUUUUCUAUGUAUUUUACUGUUCCCGUUACUGUCCAUUGCUGAAGUGCGGACUCGGUGAGGCUCGGUUCUGAAUUCAAUAAAAGAGAGAGAGAGAAGAAAGAAAGAAAUAAACAGGUUGGUAGAACUGGAAUCAGCAAAGAAAAUCAAGAACAAACUGUUCUCUUCUUACCAUUCUCUUGAUUCACUAAUCCAACGGUGACCAAGUUGAGAUCAUCGACCACCGGCCAAUACGUCGAGUUUUCAUCCUCAUUGUUUGUUCGACUUUCGAUCACCAAAUUUACGGCUUCGCCAUCUCCCCAGCUUCCUAUCUGGUGACCGUAAACUUCCCACAACUCCCUACCAUAUUUACCGCUUAAGGCAAAUUCUGCAGAAUUAUCAGGUGCCGAAAUUACAAGGCUCGCGAAAGCACUGCAGUUUAGAACCCCCCUGGACAACGUGAAAGUCAAAAGAUGCCGCAUUUGCCCUUCAUUGUUUGCAGUGAAAGUCUGGUUGAUUUUACCGUCUUGUCCUAACAACAUAGCAUGCCCGUUUUCGGGUAGAGACAGAUCAUCCCCUGCAUUUGCGUACUGUACAGUGCCUUCAAAUGUCCAUCCUGGCAUGGUGGUGCUGCUUGAGUCAAGGUGAAGAAUGCCGAUGACGUGUUCCAGGUGGAUGGCGGGAACUCGAAAUCUGGGUUCUGUAAAAUAUCUGCAAGACAUGGAAAAAAAAAAGGUGUGAAAUUGGAAGAAUUUAAUAGAAUUAGUUUUGCUGGUUUACCUGCAGAGACAGUAGCCAGCAAGAUGCAUGAGAUGAAAAUUGCAUGUGGCUUCAUGUUAUGUGUGAAGAUGGAGUUUUCAGGCAAAGAGGAGAAGUUUUAUGGGACUUUCAGAGUGCUGCAAAAAAUUUGAGUCAACAAUGGGAAUCAUAUGUGAUGUAAGAAGACAGGGGAGUUAGACUUUCACGUGGUUGCUUGCUAUACUUAUUCCUAGGGGUGUUCACGGUCCGGAUU